UGACCGCGACUGUCCGCCAAGCGGGAAGAGAGGGGAGGCGCGCGCUUGCUUCCUUCCUUCCUUCCUUCUCGCCGAGCUUUCUUUCAAGCCUUCUCUGACUCCCCGGUGUGGUUCGCGGAGAUGUCGGGGGCAGUUCUGCUGGCGGCGGCGGCCACCGGGGUCGCCUUCAUCAUGGCCUUCUUGCUGCUGUUCCUCCUGUACCUGAUGUCGCCUUUGACUAGCCCAAAACCGCUGUCGUUGUCCGGCGCUCACGUCGUGGUAACUGGUGGCUCCAGUGGCAUUGGGAAAAGCAUUGCUAUUGAAUGCUUUAAACAAGGUGCUUUCAUAACAUUAAUUGCAAGAAAUGAGAACCGUCUGACAGAGGCAAAGAAAGAAAUUGAAAAGUUCUCAGUUAAUAGUAAGCAGGUUGUGCAGUCUAUCUCUGUUGAUGUUUCCAAAGAUGAUGCAAUUGUGGCGAGGGCCCUAAAACAAGCUCAAGAGAAGUUGGGUCCAGUUGACAUGCUCAUAAAUUGUGCUGGAACUUCGGUUAAUGGAAGAUUUGAAGACCUUGACAUCAGUAAGUUUGAGCAAUUGAUGGCUAUCAACUACUUGGGCAGUGUUUAUCCAACUCGUGCUGUAGUUCCAACCAUGAAGGAACGAAGGAUGGGAAGGAUUGUGUUUGUGUCAUCCCAGGCUGGGCAAGUUGGUGUAUUUGGCUACUCAGCUUAUUCUGCAACGAAGUUUGCUCUUCGAGGAUUAGCUGAAGCUUUGCAAAUGGAGGUAAAGCCCUAUAAUAUCUACGUAACAAUUGCCUAUCCUCCAGAUACAGACACGCCUGGCUAUGCAGAAGAAAAUGAGACCAAGAUUUUAGAGACAAAGCUUAUUUCAGAAUCAACAUCAAUUUGCCAUCCUGAUCAUGUUGCCAGAGCCAUUGUUAAAGAUGCCAUUCAUGGAAAAUUCAGCUGUUCUGUUGGUACAAAUGGUCAUAUGUUGGCAAUAUUGACUAGUGGAAUGUCGCCAAUCUCUUCACUUGCUGAAGCCCUAGAAGUGAUUCUUUGCAUAGGUAUUUUUCGUUUCAUUAGCCUGUAUUUUAUAGCAAGUUUUGACGGCAUAAUUCACCGUUGCAUGCUACAAAAAGAAAAAUCUGAGAAGACUGACUGAAGGAUAAUGGCUUUUUAAAAAUUGAGUCCUGUUUAAAAAGUUGGACUGUGCUGCUAAAUGGGAUUGUAUCUGUGGCCUGAAUGUGUCUCAUAGAUAUACGCUAUAUAUGUGGAAGAAGUGAUGAUCUUCGGUGGUGAAAGAAGGAAAGAAAUUAACAACUCCAGGAAAAAAAGACUAUGCAAAAGGGGCUAUAAUGAAGAAGACUGCGCUUUUUGUUCUUUUCUGUGAUCCUGAAGUAAUAAGCAUAUUGUUGCCUUAGAAGUGAGCUUUUGGGGAGAGCAGAGCUUCAGAGUGGCCUAUUUGUUGGUAAUUCUUGAUGAAAGGUUUGAUGAACGGUUUGAUUCUGUGAUGCAUUUCUUAAUCCAAGGGCUGUUUCAAACACACAUCUUGUGAUUUGGUAGAGAUCUCCCACACAAUUGUACUGACUCAGAUCUUGAUAGAAGGCCCAAUUCAUAUGUUAUCCUGGCAAUGUGGUUUCUUCCAGGAGUCUGAUCCAUGUGGAAGACUGUUCCUACAUGGUUGGCCAUCUAUGUGAACUAGUUCAAAUGGUUUGGCCAAGUCUAGUUACAAAAGAACUGGCCAAAAAUUAAGUAUUUCACCUCUAGGAUAAUGCAUAAAUUGGGCCAAAGUCUCUUUGUUAGAUUGUAAUGUUUAAUGUAGCAUGAAACUUUGAUGCUAGAGUACUCUUUAAGUGAUCAGCUCCCUCCUUGAAAUAUGAAGUGAUGAAAGUUGCAUGAGAGUAUUAAUCGAGUUGGAGAAUCAACAUUUGAAUUUGCCUAUAAGAAAGCUCAUUUGAGACUGAUUUGAGUCUUUUUUUCCUCUACCAGCUCUUUAAUGUCUAGACUAACACAAUAUUUUUACUUAUCUUUCCUGACAUAAGAGUGCAUAGUAAGUUUUGUGAAGCACUAUAUUAUAUUAAACAUGGAACUCGAUGGCAGAGCUUUAUCCAUAUGGUCUUAAGUUCUCUGUGCAAGAGCAAUGAAAUAUGCUUUUUUAUAUAUAGUUUUGAACUUCAGAGGAGAUGAAGGACCCAUUUCUAAGUGAGAUAUUGGGAGGACUGUUUUCUGUCGGACCAAGAAUGUCAGUCUAUCUGUAUAAGCAAACAAUGAUAUAAAUUAAAGAGUUGGAACACUUUUUCAUUAGCUAUCACUUACAUUCAUGUUUAUCUUUGCCUGUUCAGUAAGCACCAGAGGUAGCUUUCACACUAGAAAUGGAAAUACUAAAUCAGGUGCUGGAGAGAAUGAAAUGUAGCCCAAGGAACCGAUUAUGUUUCCUCUCUGGUGACAGUGCAGUUUACAGUUAUUCCCCCCCCCCCCGAUUUUAAUGUAUUUUAUACUUAUCGUUGUUCCCCGCCUCAAUCCAAAUGGAGAGGCGGGUAAGAAAUAUUAUUAGUAUUAUUAGUAUUAGUAUUUAUUCCCAGCAUGUCUGCCUUCAGAAGCCAAAUAAUGCAGCAGUUUAAAGAAGCAUGUAUAACUUGUGCAGCUGCUUCAGGGCAUGUUUAACUCUCCCAUUGAAAUGAAUGGGGCUUUAGUGUGCUCACCUGUGGAUUAAUUCUGCUCUCAGUCUCUUCACAGUUGUAAAAAAGUGGCCCUGCUCAGAGGACACAUUAAACCAUGGCUUUAACAACAGUGGCCCUGUUCAGAAGACACCUUAAACCACGGCUUUAACCGUGGUGGUUAAGCCAAAAAGCCAGGCCGUGUUCAGAAGACACCUUAAACCAUGGCGUUAACCACAGUGAAAAAGGCAAAAAAGCCUUAUUCACUAUGGUUAAAGUCAUGGUUUAAGGUGUCUUCUGAACACAGCCUGGCUUUCUGGCUUUAACCACCAUAGUUAAUGCCAUGGUUUAAGGUGUCUUCGGAAUGAGGCUAGUGUUUAAGGGGUUUUUUUUGGCUUAAGCACCAUGGUUUAAGAGGUCUUCUGAACAGGGCCAGUGUCAUGUCACAUGUCCCAGUUGCUCUUUAACUCUGAAUACUAAACAUUCUAAUGUGACAUAGAAUUACACUUCAUGUUUUACACAGAUUUAAUAGUAACUAAAAAAGGAAGAAAAUGUGUAACGAGCCUACAAUUAUAUACUGUGAAAAAUGUUAUGCACUUUUAAUGUUAACAUCACAUAUGGCUUAAACCCAUAGCUUGCUUAUGCUUGUUGCUUCUCAAAGCGUUGUACCAGAAUUAUAAAAAUUAAUAUUUUGUAUUUCAUUAAAUAAAUAAAAAAGUUAUGUUUCA